UCAAUAGACUGUCUGCGUUAGGCGAACGAAGAGCGUAUUACACUCUCUCGCACUUAUUUUACACAUUCUGUACUCGCUUACUCACCCGACACAUUUCACCAACUGGUACAAUCAAAUUCUGAGAAUUGUUGCUACAACACUAUACAAUUUGUAAGGGCGUUAACUCAAUUUCGUCUUUUAAACACUCGGGCACUGAUUUUAACCAAUUUUACCAAUUUUUCACUGGUUAAAUAACAGAAAAAGUGAGUGAAAGCAUACUUUCACCUCUACUUAGUUUUGGGAAUUAAGUUUUACUCUUAAACGGCUGCAUGUGUCUAUCCACGUUUAUUGAAUUUCCUGAUUAUAAUCCUGGGAGAAUCAAGCAUCUUCAAGUGAAUAAUAGUAUUAAAACGGAUCAAAUUCAGCGUUCAACAUUGCUCAACAACAAUGGCUUCAGAUACACAAAUAAAAGUUGCUACGAGUAAAAACUGUAACAGACUGAGUGGUGUGGCAAUCAGUGGCAACACAGGCGUGGAAGAAGACACUUCCUUCGUGUUUGACCCAGCACUUGCGGAUAACAUUUCCAAGGACAUUUUUGACUGUGACGGUUACCUCCAAGUGAACAGCCAAUUGCCAUCCGGCUUCGUUUUCGACAACGGAGAGUUCAAACAAGCACGAUGGUUCCUGCAUAAUCCGGGCGGCUGACUAGGUCACACUCCUCCCCUCCUCCCACCUGAACCAUCCGCAUCAUCAGUCAGCAGGGGUCACUUCACCUCGGCAGAAAAAGUUAUCCAUUGCCAUCUCGGCGGUCCGACGACGUUCGGACCCCAUUUUUGGAGACCCAUCCGUUCUAGAUAGCAUUUUUACCUUUCCGGUAGACAAUCUUAACCAAUUUUAGAGAAACAGACUCAUAAAUCACGGUAUAAAGUGGUGUUAAACAAUACCGAACGUAAUCCUAUGCAGACAUGAAAAUUUGCUGUUCCAUAUAAUAAAUUUUGGUGUAGAGUUACGUUCAUUGUUACGUGCAAGAUAAGUGCGGCUGUUAACUGUGCUGGGUGCUAGUUGCGAGCUGAACUAUCAACAGUAUUGAAAUUAUUGUGGUGUUGAAUGCGAAUCUGUAAUUCAAUCCCGAACUCACUCGCUUCAUUCCUUUAACUCUUGCCGUUCUUGCUACCAAUUCCAAACCGUACAUGCCCGUCUACACAUCUCCUCCUCACCACCACCAUCACCCACCACUAACUAACCAACCAACUCCUUAAGUACAUUACUCAGUCAACUUAAUUUAUUAUAGACGUGGCGUUUUAAGAAAACUCGUAAGAGUGGUGACAAACUUUAGGACAAGUACAAACUGCAUGUUAAAAAUUAAAAAUUGAGUUCAAUAUUGUUUCUGGCAAUGGCUCGCACGACUCAAAGAUCGACGGCAAAUAGCUUGCAGGAGAAGCUAAGAGCUUGGUGUUAUUCGUUCUACUUUUUCCUGUUCCGGAGGACGAUUGGUGGUGGGAAAGGCCGAUAUGCCGACCAAGAGGUUGAACUAAUUCGAGGGCGAGGUCGUCGAGGGAGUGGCGGGGUUGAAGGUGGAGGAGGUGGGAAAACAGGAGAGGAGACAUGUUCGGAGACAUCUCAGUAUUCGGACUACCUGAAUUACGGGGAGGAGGAUGAGAUGGAAAUCGAAGGCUAUGCACGCUCGAGACCGAAGACGACCAUUACCUGGUUUUUCAUCAUCAUCACUCUUGGAUUGCUUAGACUUAUCUUCCAUUGGUGGCCAAGGCUAAUGGUCUAUGCUACUCAUAAGCGCGUCCCUCUCGCAGCUGCAGAGAAGGUUCUGAUUAUCGAACAAUACCAACAGAAGUAUAAACGUUAUCAUGCCAAGAACGUUUUUACUGUUUCAAGCCAACUGUUCAGAACAAGACUUGACGCUGCUGAGUCUCAACUUCCCAGCGACAUUGAAUCAACGACACAUUCUUCGUCGUUGAGAAUGGUUGACGAAGAUGAGUCGCUGGACAAAGACGGGACGACGAUGGGCGACAUGGUGGUUGACCAAAAAGUAUCAAAGCCUGCUGGUGGUGGUCGUGGUUGGUGGUGGCGCAACGCUUUUUCAGAUUUUUUUCUCGGACGGUGUCAUGGGUUCCUAUCUUCUGUAAAACAAUCUUCUUCAAGAACCAAUCAAAUUUUCCUCGCAGCAGGAUUACCUCAGGACCAAAUUAACGAAACUACAAAAGCAUGGGAUCAAAAACUUGAACAGGAACUACUCAACAUUGAAUUUCCACAAUUAGCCAUUCCUAAAGGAGACGGGAGUAUCAGAGAAACGCAAGCUGUGCGACUUUUUACGUGCAAAAAGCUUCGAUAUUUAUGGGACGAACAAUAUGGGGCAUUUUGCAAAUUACCAGGAUUUGACUGUGCAAAUACGCAUCAACUACAUGAAAGCAGUGGACUCUCAAUUUUUCAACAGUGUCAACGGAGACUGAUUUAUGGAAAUAACGAGAUCAAAGUCGAAGUAAAAAGCAUCGUCAAGCUUUUGUUUCUUGAGGUUCUCAACCCAUUCUACGUAUUUCAAAUAUUUUCUGUCAGCCUCUGGCUCUCUGACAACUAUAUUUACUUCUCUAUCGCCAUAAUUGUCAUGUCAGUAUUCGGAAUCACCUCAACAAUCAUUCAAACUAGAAAGAAUCAACAAAAGCUAAGGACAACUGUCCAAUCCUCUGAUAUCGUGAUGGUGUCCAGAGGCGGUGACGUGUAUGAGCCAAUACCAACUGAAUAUCUUGUUCCUGGCGACGUGAUCGUAAUAAAUAAUGGUCCUCACGGGUGCACAAUGCACUGCGAUGCUGCUCUUCUUUCAGGAAAUUGUAUUGUCAAUGAAAGCAUGCUUACAGGAGAGAGCGUUCCUGUCACCAAAAUCCCGUUGCCCAACAGACCAGAUAUCGCGUACAAUGUGAAAGAACAUGCUAGACACACGCUAUUUUCGGGAACUACCGUGAUGCAGACACGAUACUAUGGCUCGGAACGGGUCCUGGCUGUUGUCCUGCGUUGUGGUUUUCUAACGGCAAAGGGAAGUUUGGUGAGAUCAAUAUUGUAUCCUCCUCCAGUGGAUUACAAAUUUGAGAGGGAUUCCUACAAGUUUGUUGCUGUACUUGCUUGUAUUGCUGGAGUAGGGUUUAUCAACAGCAUAUUUACCAAGCUACGCCAUGGAGAAACUGUUCGAAACAUUAUUGUUGACUCACUGGACUUGAUAACAAUAGUGGUUCCCCCUGCACUGCCAGCUGCCAUGACCGUGGGGAGGCUAUAUGCACAGCGACGCCUUCAGAAAAAGGGGAUUUACUGCAUUAGCCCAAGAGCAAUUAAUGUUUCUGGAUCAAUUGACUGCGUUUGUUUCGACAAGACUGGGACGCUGACAGAGGAGGGGUUGGACUUGUGGGGGGCUGUUCCAUCCAGCUGUGAAACGAGGAAGUUGGACGAUGAGACGUCCGAAGACUUUGCGACGUUCCAAACCCCAGUUCGAGAAGUGAGCAAACUGGCACCCGGACCAUUGUUUAUCGGAAUGGCAGCUUGUCAUUCCUUGACUUUAAUUGACGGUACAUUAAUCGGCGACCCAUUGGACUUGAAGAUGUUCGAGUGGACGGAAUGGAGUUUGGAAGAGCCAGGAGUUGCAGAUAAUGAAAAAUUUGAUAAAAUUGCUCCAACUAUUGUUCGUCCUAAACAGAGAGAAGUGAACGAUAAUUUGAAUAUUGCUGGAGACACGGAAGUUGGCAUAAGUCAUGGCAUAAUCAGACAAUUCCCAUUUUCCUCGUCGUUACAACGAAUGUCGGUCAUUACCCGAACAUUGGGUGCGUCUGAAUUUGAGCUUUACUGCAAAGGAUCUCCAGAAAUGAUUACGUCACUCAGUCGAAGAGAAACAGUUCCCAAGAACUUCAACUUAGUUUUGGAAGCAUAUACUCAAGAAGGUUUCCGAGUGAUUGCCAUUGGGUACAAGAAGCUUGGUCUCAACUAUGCAAAGGCUCAGAGAGUUGUUCGAGAAGAAGUGGAAACAGAUCUGAUCUUUUUAGGCUUGAUCGUGUUAGAUAAUCGCCUAAAACCCGCCUCUAGCACGGAGAUGGCUACAUUAAAGAAAGCCGGCAUAAGAACAAUCAUGGUGACCGGAGACAAUAUGUUGACUGCGUUGUCCGUAGCAAGGGAUUGCGGAAUGGUAGAACAGAAUGCGAAAGUCAUUGUCAUCAACGUGGAGAUGGAUAAAAAGGAUAAGAAUCGAAAGCCUGCAAUCUCUUUCUCAAUUGUUAACAAGCAGAUUGUCAGCGGAAGUCAGAGCCCUGUGUCGAUGGAGAGUGGAGCUAGUUGUUCCACCAUUGAACAGAAUUUAAUCAACAUGGAAGCCGCUUUGAACCGAUAUCACUUUGCUGUCAGUGGGAGUGCUUUCGCUGCAAUAAAACUCCACUAUCCUGAUCUGCUAUCCAAAGUCUUGGUCCGAGGAACCGUGUUUGCUCGAAUGAGCCCAGAUCAGAAACAGCAACUUGUGGAACAUCUUCAGGCAAUACAAUACUUUGUCGGAAUGUGUGGAGACGGUGCGAACGACGUUGGUGCACUCAAGGCCGCUCAUGCCGGAAUUUCACUUUCUGAGGCUGAGUCAUCCGUGGCGUCACCUUUCACUUCCACUGAAUCUAAUAUAAAAUGCGUCCCUCAUAUCAUCCGAGAGGGUCGAGCCGCCCUUGUCACCAGCUUUGGUAUUUUCAAAUACAUGGCAGUGUACUCUUUGACUCAAUUCGUCUCCGUUAUCAUUCUGUACACAAUUCAAUCGAACUUGGGAGAUCUGCAAUUUCUGUACAUUGAUUUGUUUCUCAUCUCCAUCUUCGCCCUCUUUUUCGGCCAUACUGAACCCUACGAUGGACCCCUUGAGAAGCAACCUCCAUCUGCCAGCCUGGUUUCGGCCGCACCCAUCAUAUCCAUCCUCUGUCACAUGGCAUCCAUCGUGGGCAUCCAGAGUUUUGCGUUCGCGUUUGUCCAGUAUCAGUCCUGGUUCAGCCCCUACGUUCACAAAGAAGAUGAGUAUGCCAGCUAUGAAAACUAUACGCUCUUUUCUGUCUCAACGUUCCAAUACAUCAUCAUGGCCAUCGUCUUCUCCAGAGGAAAACCUUAUCGAAAAUCUCUACUGACAAAUCACAGAUUAUUGGCUGCUCUAAUAAUUCUCACCUCGUUCACGGCCUACUUGGUCCUCAGUCCAUGUUCUUGGCUGGUGAAAAAUUUGGAACUUCAACUCCCUCCGUCAUACGAAUUUCGGUUUACCCUGCUCGUAUUCGCCCUGGUCAAUCUCAUUACUGCGAUAAUUAUAGAACAUGGAGUCGUCAAUUACUUUGUUGCAAAGAAAUUUGGCGUCGAUCGGACAAAUGGGAAGAAAGAACAUGCCCGCAUUGAACGAGAGCUGGCGGCUGCAGGGAGCGAAUGGCCUCCAUUGUCGGAUGCAUUUGGUGUGGGGGACAAAUUGAACCCAGAGAGCGGUGUCACUAAAGGACUUCAUUAUGGGAACAAUGCACGCAUUGAGAGUGAUGUCGAAAAAUAUCGACGACACAGUAUCACGUUGACCAUUCCUGUUCCAAAGAUGGACCAAUGUAGUCGCCCUCGAAGCCACAAUUCCUAUGUUAUUACGCCUGCUAGUGAACCAGGAGGAGGAUUUCAUAACAACCAUCAUGAUCAAAAUGACUUCAAAGUUGCUGUAGACAUAUUAAAUCAUAAUAAUGGAUCCCUCUCCUGAGGCCGCAACAAAUGCAGGACAGUUACGUUAUUUAUUAUUUAUUGUAAAAAAAAUUUCCAACUAGUAUACUUUUACCGUAACUUGCAAUCACUUUUAAUUAUUACGUGAGGUUUUCUUGUACAGCGUAGUGUAGCGAGAUUUUAAUAUGCAUACAAAUGUAUUUUCAGUUUUAUUUAAACGGACCCCAAAUUUAUCAAUCAUUGCAUUUGGGAAAAGAAAAACAAGUGUAAAAUAUGAAAAUGAUCAAUCUUGUCGAUGGUUGGUAGAAAAACUUUUUUUUCCUUCAAGAACAACGUUUAUUUAUGUAGUAAAAAUUAAAUACUUGGUCAUCGUGUUCAUUAUAAUCUAUAAAUUUAUAAAUAUUCCAUUGAUCCAGCUCUUGUUCUCGACCUACACAUUAGUUUUAACUACGAUUUAUACUACUAUAUACUAGAGAAUCAAACAAUGUUGCAUUAAUUUUGUACAUGAACUUCUGAAUUAACUAAGGUGAACAUAUUUUUCCAUCUAAGGCUGCGAAUGUUCUUUGGAUCAAAUCAAAUAUAAAUAUAAACACAGUGGAAUUAAGUAUCAAUACAUGUAAGUACAUACACAUUGUCAUUAUUGUUAAUGAUCUGAUAUCCUUUAGGGAAACAUAAAUCGAACCUUUCAGACGACACAAACCUCUCGUGUGGACAUUUAGUAAAAUAUACACCAACCAACCAAUUUCUAAUGUGUCUAUAUACCUACAUACAUACAUGAUGGUGUUCCUCUGAUAAUAAAACUUACUAAAGUAGCAUAAACUAAUGAAAUAUGUUUACAAGAAAAUAUAGCUAACUAGCAUAGAAUUAUACAGUCAGAAUGUGUCAAUUGUUGUGAAAGGCGUUAAUUAAACAUGCAAAUCAAUAAG